AUGGUAUACGUUUUAGCAGCUAGACCAAGGCUCUAUCACGUGGCCAGUAGACACGUGCACGCGACCCGGAGAUUUUUAUCAUGUUCUCCUGAUCGAUUAAUCAAAGCUUCAUCUAAUCAUUUAGCCACUGCUACAAAGCAAAAUAAAACCAUUAAUAACAAUAGAAAUAAUAAACUAUUCAGAAAGAGGAAUGUUGCAUUGGUUUCCGGGGUUAUUAUUGUUGGCUCUUACAUUACUUUCAAUCAAUCGAAUUAUUAUAAUUUGGAUACUGUACCACCUCCAUUAACUGGGUCUGCAACCACAACUAAGGGUUCAUCAUUUUUACUCCCGAUUACGGGCAACACCGGAACUCCUUCAUUUGGGUCUAGCAUUGUAGCAGCUCAGAAACAACAAGAACAACAAUUGCAACAACAACAAAUCCCACAAUCCAGUACAGGAAGUGGAUCUUCAAGUUCAGUUACCAAUUCUGAUCCUUCUUCUACCAAGAAAUAUUUCUCCACUUCAACAUCUUCAAUGAAUCAAAACAGUAUAGGUAAUCUGCAACAUAAAGAGGGGGUAUUUCUUUUAAAUGAAGAACAAGUUAGUCAUAAAUUGAGACAAUUUGAAGAGAGUUAUCUUGUCAAUAGAGGGAAGGGGGUCACUAGAUAUGAUAUUUGUCAAGUUCCUCUGAAUUCACCAAUUGAAGAUGAUCGUGCAGAAGAAGUUGUUCUGGUGCCAAUCUUGCAAGACAAUAACAUCAAGACAUCGACCGAUUGGAUGUUUUUCGGAGUCUUUGAUGGACAUGGAGGUUGGACCACCAGUAGUAAGUUGAGAGAUCAAUUGAUCAGUUAUAUCAUUAGGGAAUUCGGUACUAUUUUCAAGCCAGCCAAUGAGGAUAGUUUAAGAUAUGUUCCUAAUAGUGCCACCAUUGAUCAAGCAAUUAAGAAUGGAUUUUUAAAAUUAGAUCAUGAAAUUGUUAACAAAAACAUGGAAAAAUUAUUGAAUGAUAAUAAUAAGGCUAAAGCAGCUGAAUUACUUAUGCCUGCAUUAUCUGGAUCAUGUGCAUUACUUUCAUUUUACGACACAAACUCGAAGUUACUUAAGGUUGCAGUUACUGGAGAUUCUAGAGCUUUAUUAGGAUCUUUUAAAGAUAAUCAUUGGACUGUUAAACAAUUAAGUACUGAUCAAACUGGAUCCAAUCCAACCGAAGUUGCUAGAAUUAUCAGUGAACACCCCGAUGAACCCAAUGUUAUCCGUAAUGGUAGAGUCUUGGGGACUUUAGAACCAUCAAGAGCAUUUGGAGAUUGUAGAUAUAAGCUCCCUGCAUCAAUUCAAGAAAGAAUAUACAAGCAAUUUUUUGGUAGAAGAUUACCAAAUAAUUUAAAAUCACCUCCAUAUGUUACUGCUGAACCAGUGAUUACCACCACCAAAAUUAGUCCUGAAAACAAUGAUUUCUUGGUGAUGGCUUCAGAUGGAUUAUAUGAGAUGCUUUCUAAUGAAGAAAUCGUUGGACUUGUUGUUAAAUGGAUGGAGAAGGAAAAGAUGAUUAAACCACAAAAAUCGUUUUGGAAUUAUUUUGGAUCUACAGAAAAUAAAUUACCGGAAGUGGCAGAUGUUACCAACGAUAAGAGUUCAAAGCAACCAUUUAGGAAAACAAAGCAAUCGGGAGGAUAUGGCUCAUUUCUUUUAGAAGAUCGUAACGUUUCCACUCAUCUUAUUAGAAAUGCCUUAUCCAAUGGAGGAUCUAGGGAACAAACCUCGAUGUUGAUUUCAAUUCCAAGUCCUGUUUCAAGAAGAUAUAGAGAUGAUUUAUCGGUUACAGUUGUGUUUUUCGGGAAGGAUGUCAAUGGAGAAAAUGAAGCUGGUAGAUUGGAAAUCAAUGGUGUUGCCACCUCUGGAGGUCAAACUAGUCCAAAACCAAAAUUGUAG